AUGGCGAACAAUUUCCUGAUGGCCAAUCGAAGUUGGAGUGUGGUUUUGAAUCAUUUAUUUACGUCGCUCGCAAUUCCUGACGGAUUGGUGAUGGACCCGUUGGCGCCCACCGCGCUUGCGGUAUCUUCAGAGUUCAUGGACCGCAUUGGCAGUGGGUUGACAAUACUUAGAGAUCACAGCAAAAAAGUUCAAAAGUAUGUUUGGAAAAACAGAAAAUUCGACAUUCUCAAGAAGUCAUGGAAGUCUAUGGUGAACGUCGUUCUGAUUGAUGCCAAAGAUACACCGGCGGGGAGUGCCAAUGGACUAUAUUGUAAAUUCAAACUGGGCAGCGAAGGUCACAAAUCGAAGCAGCUGUCAAAGUCAAAACCUUCGUGGUGUGAGAGGUUUAACCUCUACCUAUACGAUGACAAUAACUUGGAAGUCACAGUCUGGCACAAGGGGAAACAGAAGACUUUUAUGGGCAGAUGUGUCAUCGACCUCUCGCAGCUUGAAAAAGAGAAGACGCAUGAGUUGUGGCAGGAGUUGGACUGUGGACAAGGAUCCUUGCAUUUCCUGAUCACUUUGAGUGCGACGGCAAGAACUAUGCUCCUGGAUAACGUCCCUACAACAAAUGGCGUCACCCAUGCUGCUCCGGAGGUGGAGAAAUUUUCAUGGUACCGCCUGGACAACAAUUGGGGAGAAGUCGGUGAGCUGUCGGUGACGGUGUACGCAGCUGAAGGGCUGAGCGCGCUCGGUCUGAGCGGGAAGGCAGACUCCUACUGCGUUUUAGAGCUGGACAACAACAGAGUCCAAACGCAUACGGUGCCUGGCACUUCAGAUCCAACGUGGAAUAAAAGUUUUACCUUCCCAAUAGACGACGUAACAUCGACACUAACAAUAACAGUAAAGGAUGAAUCGAUUAUAAACACAAUGAAAGAUGGGACACUCGGCAAAAUAUCGAUACCUCUACUGACAAUAGUAAAUGAUGAGAAAGCAUGGUUCGACCUCAGUAAUCGACCGAAGAAAUCGGUACUAACGAAAGGAAACUCCUCGAAAAUUCAAUUACAAAUGUCCAUCGCGUGGAACCCGAUAAAAGCAUCGUUACGGUUAUUAAGUCCGAAAACGAAUAAGUAUACGCAACCAACGCCUCGUACGUUUAGCAUACCACUCAUCUACAGCAAUCUGAAGUUCAUCAAAGUUAUAUUCUCGGCUGUGUACUACGGAAAUGAACAUUUAAAGUAUGUGUUUGAAUGGGAGAACCGAGAGAAGUCAGCACUGGCGCUGGGCGUUUGGUUGCUAUUUUGGUUCUUCUUUAGAAUGUGGAUGACCCCACUGCUCGCAGUUGUCCCCUUCGUAUACUUCUGGGCUACACGAAAUACAGCAAAUCUGAUUCCUAUCUCUCAAUUUGACGAUGAUUCUUCAGAAGACGAUCUGGAAUCAACUAAGGACGACAAAACAAUAAAAACUCGUUUGUACGAACUACAGGAUCUCACAUUUACAAUUAAGGAUGGCAUAGACUACAUUGUAUCUCUACUACAGAGGGUCAGGAACUUAUUUACAUUUGCGGUACCGUACUUAAGUUACCUCGUGAUGACUGUACUGAUUGCAGCCACCGUUGCACUCUACAUCAUUCCCAUCAAUUAUAUAUUUAUGGCAUUAGGUAUCUACAAGUUCAUGCGCAAAGUGUUAAACCCUGACCGCGUUCCAAACAAUGACAUACUGGACUUCAUAUCACGGAUACCGGACGACAAGAUGCUGAAACAAUGGCGAGAACUGAGAGUCCCGGAGAAUAACUUCAACAGAACAUACUCGAAGAGGCGAUAA